CAUGAAACUCUGGAUAUUAGGCAGAGCUGUUCAGAACACAUUCAAUUAUCUAUGAGGGUAAAGAAAAAUUCUGUGUGUACAGACUGUCCUGCAACAACUGAAAAGAAGAAGAAGCCAGUGCUGUACUGAAACAUUUAUACAGAUUUAAACUGCCAGGGAUAGCUGAACCAGCAACAAUCAUGUGGAAUAUGUGCACAGAGUUCUUCAAAAGUAAAUGCUGAAGUCUUUAAAAAAAGUUGGAAGAACUACUAUCAAGCUAGAUGAAUGUGAAACUAGAACCUCAGUUUGAGCACUCGUAUAGGUAGGCUGAUGGUUGGUCAAGCUACAGCUUAUUACCGUUCUGCUGUCAAUGCACUAUAGCAGCAUGGACGUAGCUCACAGGAGCAUGCUGUCCUCUCCAGCCUGUGACUAUGAUAGCGAUAGCUGCAGUAUGUACUCCAUUUCAAGUCCUGAGCAGCCUUACCAGAGCCCCGAGAGCACAUACUCCAGUGAACCCAUUCUAGACUACUUUUUAUCUCAAGCUUCAGGAGAAGAUGUUUUGAUGUUUAACCGUCCAGGCAUGUGGGAGAAGCCAAGGCAGAAUGUUCAAGAUGGAAUUUUCUUUGACUUUCCAGAUUUCAGUGUUGAAGAACCACUAUCCUUUCAGCCAACUUUAGAUGAGAUUGAAGAGUUUCUGGAAGAGAACAUGAGCCUUCACUGGCACAAUAAGGUAGAACCAUCUCUCUCUGACAAUUUAGAACAUGAAAAACAACUUUCAGUAUCCAACCUCAAACCUGUUAAGGAAGAAAAUUCUGAACACAAUGUCAAAACUGAAUUAAGUCCAGUUGUUGUUCCCAAGGAGUCAUUCAAGACAGAUGAAACCAAAACUGACAUUGUAAGUGACAGUAACCAAACAGUGACUGUGUCUGGCUGUGUGCCAGUGGUAUUACAGCUCCAGCCUGUACCAGCCUUGAAUGGUGAAAAAGGCACUGGACAGAGUCUUAAAAUAGCUCAACUACUUGUGAACAUCCAAGGACAGACCUUUGCCUUGGUUCCUCAAGCCACACCAACACCUCCAAGGAAUUUCAUACGGAUUGCACCUGUACCUAUUUCAGCAAAACCAUCUGAUGGAACAUCGGGGUCAUCAAGCUUUAGUUCUAGUCCAAAAUUCCACAAGCUGGGAUCUCCAGAGCUUUUAAAGGUCCACAAGUGCAGCUAUCCUGGUUGCAAUAAAAUGUAUACUAAAAGCAGCCACCUGAAGGCUCAUGUGAGGCGGCACACUGGGGAGAAGCCAUUCAUCUGUACCUGGCCUGGUUGCAACUGGAGAUUCUCCCGCUCUGAUGAACUGUCCAGGCAUAAGCGCUCACAUUCAGGAAUCAAGCCAUAUCAGUGCAACAUCUGUGAGAAAAAGUUUGCCCGCAGUGACCACCUUUCCAAGCACAUCAAAGUCCACCGGCCAUCACGAUCUGGACGUGCCCUUCCAGUGGAAUGCAACUGAACCUGAGGUGUAACAUAUAGCAAUGGUCUAAGCAGAAAGCACCAGAAGGUGAUAGUAGCUACUAAAGCUGCAUCAGCGGGAGAGACAGUGAAACCACACCAGUCUCUUCGCAUGCAGCAAGGAACCCCAGAGAAGAUCUAAUUCCUGGGACAAGGGAGUAGAGUCAUGGUGUGCCAUUGUGCAAUUUUCCCUUCAAGUGAAUGAUCACAGAGUCAGAGAAGGCUAAGACAUCUGCAAGUGUUACUGGACCAUAGCAAUGUGAUUGUCCAUAAAACUAUUAUUAUUUUACCGAUGUAAUGAUGGAAAAAAAACAAAGUUUGUUUUGUACACUUACAAUGAAGUGAUUCCUUGGGUAAAAUGUGAAAAGGUGCCAUUACAAAACCAGUUUGAAUGCGGGAUUAAUACUGAUAAUAAUGAAAAGCACAAAUUAAAGAAACCAUCCACUUGUGUAUCCCUGCUCAGCAUUUCUUUGCUGUUCUUACUGUAUAGCUGCUCAAAAAACUAGAGACCAUAAUGUGUGUGCCAUGUAGACAUGCAUUCAGUACUAUGAUGUGAAGUAACUUGAUGUAACUGAUAUCACACAUGAAAAAAUGAACAGAUGGAAAUGAAAACUUUUAUUUUAACCUUUUCUGCAAAACAAAAAUUAAAAGGCCUCUGUCUUAUUUCAUGUGAAAUUAUACCACAUACAUUUCCAGGGGUGAAUAGAAUGUUUUAAUACAUAAUACUACUUUUUGAUAAAUAGUUAUGUUUGCUUAGAAUGAAGUUUGACAUAAAACAAGAUUUAAUUCACAAAAGACAUUGUAUCACCCACAAUCUAGAAAGAGAGCAAAACUGGCAAUGGUCUAAAUACAAUAUUACAAUAAAAAAACAACUUUAAGCUAGUAUUUGAUAGCCUGGCAUAAGGUAUUAUACAAUUACUUCCUUUUAAGAAUAAAAGAAAUGCUGGGAUUUGCUAUGGUAUUUGUUCAUAUACAUGAUAUUUACAGUAGCUCAAAAACUGUGAAGGUAAAAUUUGAUAGCCUUGAAGUUAAUAUAGAGUGAGAUUGUAUGGGCAAACACUACACCACAUUGUUUUCUAUAUAAAAAAGUGCACAAGUUUUGUAGAGACAGAGAAAAUGGUAAUGCGUUUUUACGAAUGUGCCUUAAGCAUUUGUGACACUCAUAGUGAAGUGACAGCUUAAGAAAGUAUACAAAAUAGAACAGAAUGGCAUGCUGAUUUAUUUUUAUUAGGACUAGUAACUCACUUACUAGGGAUACAGAUUUCCAGCUGUUAUUUUGAAGGAACAGGAAUGGGUUGAGCCACAGAAAACCAUUUAAAUCCACUUAUGUCUAUCAAUACCUCUCAGAGUACUCAUUUAGCCCUGGUACCCACUAGCUGAGAUACAAGUGUAGUUAGUCUUCAUUCCAUUAACUAUUACAUAUUUAUCCCAUUGCAACCCUGACAUAGCCUUCAUCUUCUCCUACACUUAUACAACAGAUCUGUAGCACUGUAGUGAUUGAGCAGCUACAAAGUGUGGUAAAGCAAAACUGUGUAUGUGCAAAGUCACUCUUCCAUACUACUGGUGCAAAAUAACCUCCAUUUUUGCUUUGUUACACAUGUUACCGUGAUGUUACCUUCAAAGAGCCUUUGUACUGGACAGGAUAUAUAUGUGACACUUAAAAUGGGAUAGGAAUCCAUUGGAUCUCAGUCAGUGCCAGGAAAGCAAGAAUUCCCAGAUAUGUAAUUUUGUAUACUAUUCAGAACACUGAGAGGUAACCUAAAUACACAGUUAAGGUGUUGUAUUUCCUUACAAUUUUCAGAUCCUCCUCGACUGUCUUAUCAUCAUUAUCAUUGUCACUGUAACCAGUUAAUAGCGCAAUACCUUGUUUAUAUUUAGGAACCAUUCUUUGCACAUGUCCCCACAUCCAAUGCAGAUAAAUAUCAUUUGAACUAAUGGAAUGACUACAGUGACAGUACACAUGCUCUGAUCUGUUCUGAGUUUGUUAGCACAGUUUAUUGAUGACUGGGUCAGGUGCCUUUUGAAGAUGGUGUGGGAGAAAAGAGGAAUGAAGAACUAAUACAAGAACUGUAUCCAUAUCUGUUUCAUGUGACCAGUAGUAGAACAGCUUUUUAUUACAGUAGCACUUCAUUAUGCCAAAAAAUGAAAGGUAGUAUGGUUAGUUCCUUUACGGACUUAUUAAUGUAAGCAGUUUUGUUUAUUUAUUUAUUUGUUUUACUCAUCCUUUGUCGAUCAGGUUAGUCCCUCUAGGCUGGUCGCCUCUUUUUAGAGGAGAGUUAACAUGGUAGUCAUACUGAUUAGGGGAAAUUUGGAAAGGACAGUGGAAUGUCCCCAGCAUUUUUUUGAUAAGUUUCAUGGGAUCAUUUAAAUUCACACAUGCCACUAUCAUCUCAGGCAGAUGGGACCUUGGUUUAAUAUCUCAUUUGAAGGAUGCCACACUUGGGACUACAGCACCCCCUAAUGCUGCACUGCAAUGUCAGCAAC